AUGAAGGCAAUAUGUACAAAUAGUUAUUAUGAUAUAUGUUCCUGUAAGAAGAACUAUCAUUUGCCUUUAACGUUACCAAUUUAUGAUGGACAUUGUCACGUGGAUUUAUUCUUCAAACAUGGCUAUACUCAAGAUGAUUUCAACCUGCAGCUUUCUCGCGGUCGAAAGAUUGUUUUAAUUGAUAACCGUCAUCAAUAUGAGCGUUGGUUCACCAAUCACGAAAUCACCAGUCCUAAUGCAACUAUUUUGACAACGUAUGGGAUUCAUCCCAAGUAUAUUCCAAAUGAUUCGGGUCCUGUUAUGCAGCAAAUGGUCAAUAUAUUCAAAAAUCAAUACACAUUAAACACGAAAACUGUGGCGAUUGGGGAAUGCGGUCUCGAUAACAGUAGUCGGUAUUCUCUCAAUUCUCAAUUGUCAAUCUUCCAAUUUCAAUUGAAAUUGGCUGCAGAGUUACAAAUUCCGAUCGUUCUUCACGGUCGUGGAGAAAACGUUUUUUCGCUAAUGUUCGACGAAUUAAAGAUGUAUCUCAAGCCAAAUCAUUACAUUCAUUGGCAUUGUGUCAACCCUCAAAGUGAUUUGUAUGUUAUUUCGAUGUUUAUGGACUAUUUUCAAAAUUCAUUUAUUGGGUUGAAUGGUUCUGUAAUGCUUUCGCAUGAUCAAGAACAAAUAAACACGUUCAAUAAGUGGCUAUUUAAUAAACCAAACAUCAUCGAUCGUAUUGUUUUGGAAACUGAUUAUCCUCACUUACGCCCUCCUGAACUGAACGUUAGUCAAUAUACACCACUGAGUGGAAUAUCGACCACAUCCAAGAAUGUAGUUAACAUUCUAAGAAUGAAAAAUAUGAAUAUCACCAAACUCAUUGAUAAGUCAAACAACAACAUUCGCCGAAUGUAUUCGAUUGAUUAA